ACAUGUACUAGAGGCUGAGCUGCAGUGCAGAGAGUUUGGGGCUGCCGGACGGAGCAGGAGGCUGUGAGGCUGGUUCCCCCCCGGGGCAGGUAAGUGGACGGUGAAGAAUGUUCUCCUCGGCGAAGCCCUUUGGGAACCAGCAGUACCAGGCCCUGAAGAAGGAGUGUCAGAGCAAGAAGGUUCUGUUCGAGGAUCCAGUCUUUCCAGCCAAUAACGACGCCCUCUUCUACAAGACACAGAGGGUCCAGGGGGUUCAGUGGAAGCGCCCCAAGGAAUUCUGCACCGACCCCCAUCUUUUUGUGGAUGGAAUUAGUUCACACGAUUUGCACCAAGGCCAAGUUGGAAACUGCUGGUUUAUUGCCGCUUGUUCCUCUCUAGCCUCACGCGAGCAACUAUGGCAGAAGGUGAUCCCCGACUGGAAGGAGCAGGAGUGGUACGCGGACAAGCCACAAAUCUACGCCGGGAUUUUCCACUUCCAUUUCUGGAAGUUCGGGGAGUGGGUGGACGUGGUGAUCGACGACCGUCUCCCUACGAUCAACAACCAACUCAUCUACUGCCACUCCAACGAGAAGAACGAGCUGUGGUGCGCGCUGGUGGAAAAGGCUUAUGCCAAGUUAGCUGGUUGCUAUGAAGCACUGGAUGGAGGAAAUACAGCCGAUGCCCUGGUGGACUUUACCGGUGGGGUUUCGGAGCCCAUCGAACUCACCGAGGGACAUUUUGUGACCGAUGUCGAGAAAAGAAAUGACCUUUUUGAGAGAGUCCUGAAGGUGCACAACCGGGGGGGGCUCAUCAGCUGCUCCAUCAGGGCAACCUCGGCCAGUGACAUGGAGGCCCGUAUGGCCUGCGGCCUGGUGAAGGGCCACGCCUACGCCGUGACGGAUGUGAGGAAAGUGCGGCUGGGCCACGGCUUGCUGGCGUUCUUUAAGUCGGAGAAGCUCGAAAUGAUCCGAAUGCGCAACCCGUGGGGGGAGAGAGAAUGGAACGGACCUUGGAGUGACAGCUCUGAGGAGUGGCAGAAGGUGAGCAAGAGCGAGCGGGAGAAGCUGGGGGUCACCGUGGAGGACGAUGGGGAGUUCUGGAUGACGUUCGAGGAUUUCUGCAAGUACUACACGGAUAUCAUUAUGUGCCGGCUCAUCAACACCUCGUACCUGAGCAUCCACAAGACGUGGGAGGAGGCCGUGCUGAGAUCCUCUUGGGUGCAACAUCAGGACCCCUUGCAGAAUCGCAGCGGGGGGUGCCUUAAUUUCAAGGCCACCUACCUACAGAACCCGCAGUUUGUAUUUGAUGUGAAGAAGCCGGAGGAUGAGGUGCUGGUCUGCCUGCAGCAGAAGACCAAGAGGACCACCCGGCAGGAGGGCAAAGCAGAAAAUCUGGCUAUUGGAUUUGAGAUUCACCAGGUGGAGUUGAACCGCCGGUUCCGGAUGCACACCCUCCAGCCCAAAGUGGCCAGCUCCAUCUACAUUAACUCUCGCUGCGUCUUCCUACGCACCGACCUGAAGGAGGGGAGAUACGUCAUUAUUCCCACCACGUUUGAUCCGGGCCACACGGGGGAAUUCCUGCUCAGAGUAUUUACUGACUUGCCUUCUAACUGCUGUGAACUCAAACUGGACGAGCCCACCAAGACGUGCUGGUCGGGGCUGUGCGGAUACCCCCAGCUGGUGUCACAGGUGCACGUGGUCUCGGCCCAGGGACUCAAGCAGCAGGAUUCCAACGGAGGAGCUGACCCGUACGUGAUUAUCAGCUGUGAAGGGAACAAAGUGCAAUCUCCUGUCAUCAAAGACUGUUUGGACCCGAAAUUUAACGUCAAAGGCGUGUUCUACAGGAAGAAGCCCGGGCAGCCCAUUGUGGUUCAGGUUUGGAAUCACAACGUUAUCAAGGAUGAGUUCAUGGGGCUGGUGGUCCUUUCCGGAGACGCCAACAACCUUCAGACUCAGCACAGCCUCGAGCUUCAGGACAAGGGCAACAAGAAAUCGGGCACCGUCUCAGGAACCAUCAACCUUGUUCUGCUCAGCAGCCAAAGCCUUACCGGGAUAUAACCUUUCCCUGGGGGGGGGGGGGGGUGCCGUUUAUACAGGAGCACGUCCAACCUCUAUGUUACCCUGCCACACAGGUGCCUUGAGGAAACCCGAGACUCUCCCAUAGGCCUCGUUUCCGCCUGGCGUUGCACGUCUGUAUGUCUGACUGCAUGCUAUUCAUUCUUGGUUUCAUGUUGAACAAAUCCCAGCCUGCCCCUGGAUAUCCCCCCGACAAUGAGACAGCCCUUGCACCUCGGUGUUAAUUUUAAAGCGGCAAAGCUGGAUAGUGCCAAAGUGACGUGUUCGGGGGAUAUCAGUCCGUUAAUAGAUAAGCCAUAAGUGGGCCAAUAAGCUGCUGCCUUGGUCCCUCCAGUCCAAUUGGCCUGCUUAUUGCCUCAAGGAGGGACCUGCCCGACCGAUAUUUAGCCAAAAAUUGUCCAGUCUGGCUCGAGGGCUUAGCUUUCAUUCAUAGAAUAAGGAUUUAGGGCCUGUAGCCCCUCUGGUGACCAAACUGCCAGUUCUGCCCCCUUAGCCCUGGAUUGGACAAUCAUUGGGGGGGCGGGGCCUUCUUGCCCAAGGUUUGGUUCCCCCCAGGAGCCACAGUCUGUAAGUAGGACGGCACCAUGGGAAUUCAUUUUUAUAUUGCGAGGGGACCAACAAUUCUGCAGUCAGUUUGGUUUAAUGCCAUUUUAGGUAAAGGAAAAAAAUAUGAGGUUUUAGGGAGGGAAAGAACAAUCCGUUUGGCCAAUCAGCUCUCUCGGCCGAUGCACAAAAAAAGCCAAAGGGACCAUUGAUGCAAUUCGCCAUUUGUGCAAAGCCCCGCCUUUGUCUCUAGUGAUCUGACCAAUUGGCCGCAGUGUCACGAAGGGGUCCAAAUGCCAAAUAUUUUACCAUGUUUUGUCUUCACCAUUAUAUGUUCUGUUUUUAUUUUUUUGAAGUCGGCCCUUAGUGGCCCCCACUCCAGACCGUGCUAUUGGCUGCUGACUGGGACAUUCUGGGUGGGGUCGGCAGCUUAUUGGCUACUGACAGAGGUAAAAGAGAGCUGAGCAGGGUACAGUAAGGUAUCAAGUCUAUUGCUUAUUGGGCCAUUCCCAGCUGGUCAGUACCGCCCCCCCAUGUGAUCCACUCAUUGGUCUGGGGCCAAUCAGCCGGCUGGUCCCGCCUCCUGGGUCGCCUAUUUGUCUCUAUGGCUCCUUUAUUCUUUGUGCCGAGUGAUUUCUGUUCUUUUAUUCAGCGAAUGGAUCCGUUUUAUUCAGGGAUGUUCUGACUUUUAUUCCAAUCUCAUGUCGUUCUGAUUUUGUCUUUUUGUAUAAGGAGUUAUAAUCUCCGUAUCUCGUGUAAGGGGAACUUUUAUAUUAAACGUCUCUCUCCUUUA